GGUGAAGAAUUGUGUUCUCUUUGGAAAUUGAGAUAAUGCCUCCAGGGGGCAGCACCAAGGCACAGAAGUAGGCUAAGAUCGUCAGUCCUCCUUUCCUUGGUCUGGGGCUCCCCACAGUUCCCCACCAUCACUCCUCCCAUUCCUUCCAACUUUAUUUUUAGCUGCCAGUGGGAGGGGGCAGGAUGGGAGGGAAAGUAAAGAAAACAGAAAAGGAGAGGGACAGAGCACAGAGGACUUCUCACAUGGACAGAGGACUUCUCAUACGGACAGAGAACACCCAAGCAUGGAGCUCCCCCUCAUCCCUCACCUGUUCUUGCUCCUGAUGUUCCUGACAGGUCUCUGUUUCCCCUUUAACCUGGACGUGCAUCGCCCACGCCUAUUCCCAGGGCCACCCACGGCUGAAUUUGGAUACAGUGUCUUACAACAUGUUGGAGGUGGACGACGAUGGAUGCUGGUGGGUGCCCCCUGGGAUGGGCCUUCAGGCAACCGAAGGGGGGACAUUUAUCGCUGCCCUGUAGGGGGCUCCCACAAUGCCCCAUGUGCCAAGGGCCACUUGGGUGACUAUCCACUGGGAAAUUCAUCUCGUCCUGCUGUGAAUAUGCACCUGGGGAUGUCUCUACUAGAGACAGAUGGUGAUGGGGGAUUCAUGGCUUGUGCCCCUCUCUGGUCUCGUGCUUGCGGCUCCUCUGUCUUCAGUUCUGGGAUAUGUGCCCGUGUAGAUGCUUCUUUCCAGCUGCAGGGAAGCCUGGCACCCACCGCACAACGCUGCCCCACAUACAUGGAUGUUGUCAUCGUCUUGGAUGGGUCCAACAGCAUCUAUCCCUGGUCUGAAGUUCGGACUUUCCUACGAAGACUGGUAGGGAGACUGUUUAUUGACCCAGAGCAAAUACAGGUGGGACUGGUACAGUAUGGGGAGAGCCCUGUACAUGAGUGGUCCCUGGGAGAUUUCCGAACCAAGGAAGAAGUGGUGAGAGCAGCAAGGAACCUGAGUCGGCGGGAGGGACGAGAAACAAAGACUGCCCAAGCAAUAAUGGUGGCCUGCACAGAAGGAUUCAGUCAGUCCCAUGGGGGCCGACCAGAGGCUGCCAGGCUACUGGUGGUUGUCACUGAUGGAGAAUCACAUGAUGGAGAGGAGCUUCCCACAGCACUAAAGGCCUGUGAGGCUGGAAGAGUGACACGCUAUGGGAUUGCAGUCCUUGGUCACUACCUCCGGCGGCAGCGAGACCCAAGUUCUUUCCUGCGGGAAAUCAGAGCCAUUGCCAGUGAUCCAGAUGAGAGAUUCUUCUUCAAUGUUACAGAUGAAGCUGCAUUGACUGACAUUGUGGAUGCACUAGGAGACCGGAUUUUUGGCCUUGAGGGGUCCCAUGGAGAAAAUGAAAGCUCCUUUGGGCUGGAAAUGUCUCAGAUUGGUUUUUCUACUCAUCAACUAAAGGAUGGGAUUCUCUUUGGUAUGGUAGGGGCCUAUGACUGGGGGGGCUCAGUGCUAUGGCUUGAAGAAGGUCACCGCAUUUUUCCCUCACGAACGGCCCUGGAGGAUGAGUUCCCCCCUGCAUUGCAGAACCAUGCUGCCUACCUGGGUUACUCUGUUUCCUCCAUGCUCUUGCGGGGCGGACGCCGCUUCUUUCUCUCAGGGGCUCCUCGGUUUAGACAUCGAGGAAAGGUCAUCGCCUUCCAGCUUAAGAAAGAUGGGGCUAUGAGGGUCGCCCAGAGCCUACAGGGGGAGCAGAUUGGCUCGUACUUUGGCAGUGAGCUCUGCCCAUUGGAUAUGGAUGGGGAUGGAACAACUGAUGUCUUACUUGUGGCUGCCCCCAUGUUCCUGGGACCCCAGAACAAAGAGACAGGACGUGUUUAUGUGUAUCUAGUGGGCCAGCAGUCCUUGCUGACACUCCAGGGAACACUUCAGCCAGAGCCCCCCCAAGAUGCUCGGUUUGGCUUUGCCAUGGGUGCCCUUCCUGAUCUGAACCAAGAUGGUUUUGCUGAUGUGGCUGUGGGGGCCCCCCUGGAGGAUGGGCACCAUGGAGCACUGUACCUAUAUCAUGGAACUCAGAGUGGAGUCAAGCCCCGUCCUGCCCAGCGGAUUGCUGCGAUCUCCAUGCCACAGACCCUUAGCUACUUUGGCCGAAGUGUAGAUGGCCGGCUAGAUCUGGAUGGAGAUGACCUGGUAGAUGUGGCUGUGGGUGCCCAAGGGGCAGCCAUCCUGCUCAGCUCGCGGCCCAUUGUCCACCUGGCCCCUACACUAGAUGUGACCCCACCAGCCAUCAGUGUGGUUCAGAGGGACUGCAGGCGUCGAGGCCAGGAGGCAGCUUGCCUAUCUGCAGCCCUUUGCUUCCAAGUGACCUCCCACACUCCUGGCCACUGGGAUCGCCGAUUUUAUAUGCGGUUCACAGCAUCACUGGAUGAGUGGACAGCUGGGGCACGUGCAGCGUUUGAUGGCUCUGGCCAGAGGCUGUCUUCUCGGAGGCUCCGGCUCAGUGUGGGGAAUGUCACUUGUGAGCAGCUGCACUUCCAUGUGCUGGAUACAUCAGAUUACCUCCGGCCAGUGGCUUUGACUGUGACUUUUGCUUUGGACAACACCACAAAGCCAGGACCUGUGCUGGAUGAGGCCUCAUUUACCUCCAUACAAAAGCUGGUGCCUUUCUCGAAGGAUUGUGGCCCUGAUAAUGAAUGUAUCACAGACCUGGUGCUUCGGGUUAAUAUGGACAUCAGAGGCUCCAGGAAGGACCCGUUCAUGGUUCGAGGCGGUCGGCAGAAAGUGCUGGUGUCAGCAGCUCUGGAGAACAGAAAGGAAAAUGCGUACAACACUAGCCUGAGUCUCAGCUUCUCUAGAAACCUCCACCUGGCCAGUUUCACUCCUCAGAGGGACAGCCCAGUGAAGGUGGAAUGUACAGCUCCUUCCUCUCAUGCCCGGCUCUGCAGUGUGGGGCAUCCUGUCUUUCAGACUGGAGCCAAGGUGACUUUUCAGCUAGAGUUUGAGUUUAGCUGCUCCUCCCUCCUAAGCCAGGUCCUUGUGAGGCUGACUGCCACCAGCAACAGCCUGGAGAAAAAUGGGACCCUUCAAGACAACACAGCCCAGACUUCAGCCUACAUCCAAUAUGAGCCUCACCUCCUAUUCUCUAGUGAGUCUACUCUACACCGCUAUGAGGUUCACCCAUAUGGGACCCUUCCAGUGGGUCCUGGCCCCGAAUUCAAAACUACUCUUAGGGUUCAGAACCUGGGCUGCUAUGUGAUCAGCGGCCUCAUCAUCUCAGCCCUCCUUCCAGCUGUGGCCCAUGGGGGCAAUUACUUCCUGUCACUGUCUCAAGUCAUCAGUAACAAUGCAAGCUGCACAGUGCACAACCUAACUGAGCCUCCAGGACCCCCUUUGCAUCCAGAGGAGCUUCAGCACACAAGCAGACUGAAUGGGAGCAAUACUCGGUGUCAAGUUGUGAGGUGCCACCUUGGGCGGCUGGCAAAGGGGACGGAGGUCUCUGUUGGACUACUAAGGCUGGUUCAUAAUGAAUUUUUCCGGAGGGCCAAAUUCAAAUCUUUGACAGUGGUGAGCACCUUUGAGCUGGGAACUGAGGAGGGCAGUGUCCUACAGCUGACUGAAGCCUCCCGUUGGAGUGAGAGCCUCCUGGAGGUGAUUCAGACCCGCCCUGUCCUCAUCUCCCUGUGGAUCCUCAUUGGUAGUGUCCUGGGAGGGCUGCUCCUGCUUGCUCUCCUUGUCUUCUGCCUUUGGAAGCUUGGCUUUUUUGCCCGUAAGAAGAUCCCCAAGGAAGAAAAAAGAGAAGAGAAAUUGGAGCAAUGAAUGUAGGAUAAAGCCCUAGAAAGGCUUCCCUGGCAGCUUCUCUAAAAGACUUACGUAAGAGCAGAGGUUUGGGGGCUCAGAUGGGACAAGAAGAAGCCUCUGGACGAUCUCCCCAGACCUGCAGCCUGACUUGACUUUUGAGUCAUGAGGAUGCUGCUGGCAAGAGAGGAGGCCUUACCUCAGACAAGAAGGCCUGGCACCAAAACCGGGAACACUCCUACACUGUGUUUCCCUCCUCAUGAUCCUGGUUCUACAGCCAACAUUGAGGCCUGGUUUGGGGCCCUUUCUUCCCUAUCCCCAGGAAUCAAGAAUUUUUUGCGUAGGUCCCUGACUCCUUUCAGAUUCCCUCUACCUCCUCCCUCACAAUUUGGAAAGGAUGAGGGUUAUCAUCCUCUAUUCCCCGCCUCUCACCUUCCUGCCCGUGCCCCACUCCACAGGAGGGAGCUGAUGUUGGCUUCAAAGAAGUAAAGUCAACAUCUGCUGCUUUCCUGUGGAGUCUGGUGAUUCAGAGAGCCGGAUGAGGAGAGUCAACAGGAAAAAAGGAGGGAGGAGGAAAAGCCACAAGAGACAUUCUGUACAAUUCCAAGGAACAGAGAAGCCUUCAGACAGGCAACUGCCAUCCCCCUGAAACCUGAGACUUCGUGGUGUACUUGCCCGCCCUCAGGUGCUGGUGAAACAGAGCAGCCCCAGGCGUGCUGGACAUAGGUUUCUCAACUUGAAGCCUUCCCUGGGAGCAAAGCCAGGGCUGGGUGCCUGAUUCUCUGGAGCCAGGGGCCCCCGGGUGGCUAGAGCUGGAAUAGCAGAGAAGGCUGGAUACUCCCGGCAGUGUUUCUCCUCUCUCAGGCCUCAUUCACUCUUGAGCCCUCUUUGGGGCCUCCUUAUAGAAACUAGAGAGAAGGGAGAGGAUUGCUGCUUGAUGGUGGGAAACCCUUUCACCUUAUCAGCUUUGGGAAGCAGCAGCCCAUAGGGUCUGAAUGAGUAGAGUCUGCCUUAAGGAAGAAGCCAAAGGGGGUGGUAGGAGGUCUCUGGGGAACAAGCCCUUGCUCAGCACUGGUUGUGUAGUACAAACAGCUCUUAGGAAAAUGUUUCUGGGUAGUACAAACAGCUCUUAGGAACAUGUUUCUGGGGCAACUCCAGUUAUACCUUGUAGGGCUUCUCUGAUGGAAUCAGUUUGCCAGCCCUUACCUUAUGUUUACUGGAAAUUCCCAAGUUAAUUUCUCUCUCUGGAUUCCCUUACCCACCCCCGACUCCCCACUCCUAUCUUUUGGUCAUGGCCAGUAAAGAGAAUUGGAUUCUCAUCAACAGCUGGGUAACUCAUGUUUCUUUGUAAUCAAGACUUUGGAUAUCAAAGUCAAUUAUUGGUCUCCAAAGUGCAGCUUUCACAGUCAUUUGAAGAAUCAGCACCCAUUUAGAGCUGAGAAGAGAGGAGACCUGACCUGGCAGUUGACUAGCAGCCACAGAACUGUCCUCCAGGGCUGUUCUUGAGGCCUGGCCGCAAUGUGUAUUUUGGCGUGUCUCUGGUCUUUUGCAGAGGGCAUUGUCUCCGUUUCCCAGUAGGGUGGACAGUAUAUCAGAUGGUCGGAACAAAUAAAGUUCAGUGUCAAACGACUUCUGGCUCUGUUUGAGUUCCCUAAGAUAUGGACUGCUCAGGAAUGGUGAGAGGUGGAUUCUUGGUUCACUUGAAACCUUGUACACUUGAGUCCCUGGAAGGCAAAGU